GUAUGUCACUUAUAUUUGGGAGCCACAUGUAAAUAACUUGACAUGCUGAGGGAAGCAGACUGGUGAGGGAGAGUGGGCAGCAAAGCACCUUUCAGGAAGAACUGCUGGGAUCAGUUUUAGAGGAACCACCAGGAAUCUCUCUGCUGCAUUCCAAAGGAAUGUAUGCCUAGUGUUCUCGUUCUCCCAGUCUGUAUUCCUGCUGGGGCUCUAUUCCUACAGAAGAGAAGCCUGAGCCUGGUGCCUAACAGAGCCACAGCUUCUCCUGCUGUUCUCAGAACUCAGGCUCCACUGCUGGGCAGAUUUGCGAGGAGCCUGCAACAAAAGCCAUGGCUCCCCUACAGCAGAGGAUUUUGAUCAAAGGGGGGAGAGUGGUGAAUGAUGACUACUCGCAGCUGGCUGAUGUGUACAUGGAGGAUGGAAUAGUGCGGGCAGUGGGACCACACCUGCAGCUUGGGGCACCUGCUGGGCUCCGAGUUAUAGAUGCUUGCAACAGGCUGGUGCUGCCUGGGGGGAUUGAUCCCCACACACACAUGCAGUUCCCCUUCAUGGGCACCCAAUCCAAAGAUGACUUCUACCAGGGAACAAAGGCUGCUCUAGCAGGAGGCACCACUAUGAUCAUCGACUUUGCAAUACCUCAGAAAGGCUGUUCCCUUGUUGAAGCCUAUGACACAUGGAGGAGCUGGGCAGAUCCUAAAGUCUGCUGUGAUUAUGCACUGCAUGUGGCAGUUACAUACUGGAGCAGCAAGGUCAAGGAAGAAAUGAGAAUUCUUGCUGAAGACAAAGGGGUCAACUCCUUCAAGAUGUUUAUGGCCUAUAAAGAUCUGUAUAUGGUUAAAGAUAGUGAACUAUAUGCAGCUUUUUCCCAGUGUAAGCAAAUUGGAGCGAUUGCUCAGGUCCAUGCAGAGAAUGGGGAUUUGAUUGCAGAGGGUGCAAAGAAGAUGUUAGCACUGGGGAUAACUGGCCCUGAGGGACAUGCACUGUGUCGUCCUGAAGAGGUGGAAGCAGAAGCCACACAGAGAGCAAUCACCAUAGCAAACUUAGUGAACUGCCCUCUUUAUGUAGUUCACGUAAUGAGCAAAUCUGCAGCGAAGGUGAUAGCUAAUGCACGAAGAGAAGGGAAGGUAGUAUAUGGGGAACCUAUUGCUGCUAGUCUUGGUACAGAUGGCACUCACUACUGGCAUAAAGAAUGGCAUCACGCCGCAGGACAUGUCAUGGGGCCUCCAUUGAGGCCAGACCCUUCAACACCUGAUUUCCUCAUGAACUUACUAGCCAAUGAUGACCUAACUGUGACAGGGACUGACAACUGCACCUUCGACAUCUGCCAGAAAGCUCUGGGGAAGGAUGAUUUCACCAAGAUCCCUAACGGGGUGAACGGUGUAGAGGACAGGAUGUCUGUCAUAUGGGAAAAAGGAGUGCACAGUGGUAAAAUGGAUGAAAACAGAUUUGUAGCUGUUACCAGCACAAAUGCAGCUAGAAUCUUUAACCUUUACCCGAGGAAGGGAAGAAUUGCUGUGGGUUCUGAUGCUGACAUCGUUAUUUGGGACCCAAAAGCUACAAGGACUAUAUCUGCAAAGACACAUCACCAUGCAAACAAUUUCAAUAUAUUUGAAGGAAUGAUCUGCCAUGGACUCCCAGUUGUGACAAUUUCAAGAGGCAAAGUGGUGUAUGAAGAUGGAGUUUUCAAUGUCACAGCAGGAGAUGGAAAAUACAUUACACGUAAACCAUUCCCUGAAUAUGUCUACAAAAGACUCAAGCAGCGGGAUGAGGUUUGCCAGCCUGUUCCUGUUGAGCGAGCACCAUAUGGAGAAGUGGGCUCAGUCCAGUCCAGCAGGGGAGGAAAAUAGACGUAUCCCUAAAGCGUGGCUCUCCCAGAUAAAGCCAGAUGAAAAUUAUCCUGCUUGCCCCAUCUAAGCAAUGCAUUCUGGUGCCCGUCGUGAGCAAGUCCAGCAUCAACUUUUGAAGAGCCAAAAUUUACCAGCUGCAAAAAUAGGCACUACAGAUCUUAAUAUGCUUUAAUGAGUGAAUGUUGUCAUUCUAGUAAUUGCUUUAAAGGACUUUAGUUAAUUGAACCAAACAUAUAUAACAGCAGAGUAACACAAAAAAGCAAAGCUAUGUUAACACGACAGCUACUCUGCAAAGUCUUACUCUGACUGCUGGGAUGGUAUUUCUUCACAUUUUACUUUUUAAAAACAUCACAUAGUCUAGCAAAAUAAUAAGGCAAUACAUUUCUUUCUAGGGCUUAAACACAAGUUUUUUCUUUAUUCUUGUCCCAUAAAGCCACCAUAGAUUAAGUCUAAUUCUCUUGCUUCACAUGGUAGAGAGGAGUUCUGUGUUCACGAAUUCACAGAUUAAAGCCAGCAAGGGACCAUUAUAAUUGUCUGGUCUGACCUUCUGCACAACACAAGCCACAAAUUUCACCCAGUAGCUCCUGAAUCUAGUUCAAUGGCUUGUGGUUGAAUUACAGCAUAUCUUUUGGAGAGACACCCAGUCUUGCUAUCAAGUGCUGUACUUGGUUCCUCCUUCCUGGAAGAAAUUAAAUGCUGCCAGAGAUCAUUCUGAUCUGGUAGUGCUACCACUGUGCCAGAAGUGGAUGGUGGCCCUCCUGGAGCUCUAUUCCAACCAGUCUGGUCAGGUGCUUCUUUUAUCCCCUCUCCCAGGCUAAUCUAGGCGGUGGGAAAACUGGUGGUGAUUCUACAAAUCUGCCAGCAUUACCCAGCUGCACUAGCUCUGCACAAUGAGGCACACUAUGCAUAGAGAAGCAUGGAUACAGGAUGCAAUAAAAGUUUAACAGGGCAACUUGGCCCAGAGUAUAUUAGCAAUAACUAGAGCUGAUUUU